AUGCUAUGGGAAUGCAAAAGUUGGAAGGGACGAUGGAUGAGUGUGCUUUUAAUGGUGAUAGUGCUUCCGAUACUAGCGGCACAAAAGAUCGGUGACCCCUACAAGAUUCUCGGUAUCCACAGAAGGGCCACUCUCCCUGAGAUACGAAAAGCCUAUAGGCAAUUAGCUAAAGAAUGGCAUCCAGAUAAAAAUGAAGAUCCAAAUGCUGAGACCCGUUUUGUGGAGAUAAAACAAGCUUACGAGCUGCUCUCGGACACAGAGAGAAGGCAAGCAUAUGACCUGUAUGGAAUCACUAAUGAAGAUGAUCACAUGUACAAACAGAGGCAUGAUUACAGCCAAUAUGCUAGAUUUAGCAAUGAUCCUUUCGAAUAUUUCGGUACUCACUUCAGGACACAGGAUCAAGAUAUCACACUUUUUCACAAAUUGUCUAUCACGGCAAGACAUUUUGAAAACAAUAUACUAGAGAAGAGUGUACACACGCCAGCGUUAGUACUAUUCUACUCGGACUGGUGUUUCGACUGUGUUCGAUCAGCGACAGCAUGGAGGCGACUCGUUGAAGCCCUACAGCCAUUAGGAGUAACGUUAGCAACGGUCCACGUCGGACAUGAAGCUAACUUGGCUAGACGGAUAGGAGUCCACGGCGUCCCUUGCUUAACAUUGAUACUUGAUAAGCAAGUGUACAUAUAUAAGGAAAGUUUGAACUCUUUGCCGAAGAUAUUAGAUUUCAUUCGCUGGAAAUUCCCAUACAAGCAAAUCAGUCACCUGACAGAUCGGAAUGUAGACGCAUUUGUAAGUGACUUUGAAGACAACAAGGUGAAGGCGCUUAUAUUCGAGGAACGGCAGGUCAUUCGUCUUCGAUAUCUGAUCACAGCAUUCCAUUAUAGAGAUCGUGUGUCGUUCGCUUUCGUAGAUAUAUCUGCUCAAAACACUCAGAAGAUUGCAGCUCGGUAUAAGAUCCAGCGGAGUAUGGACACUAUGGUGUUGUUAAAAGAGGACAGUGUGGAACCAGCCGCAACUGUCAGUACCACGGAGAUACCCUCACAAACACUCCGUCAGCUGAUUGAGGCCAACCAAAUGCUGACACUACCUAGAUUGUCUUCACAGAGCGUGCUGGACAGCGUGUGCCCGGUGGAGUGGCGCGCGGCGCGGCGGCGGCUGUGCUGCGUGCUGAUCGCGCGCGCGGGCCGCCACGCGCCGGCGCUGGCCGCGCUGCGCCCGCUGGCCCGCCGCGCGCCCGAGCGCCUCAAGUACGCCUACGUCUACGAGCACGCCCAGCCCGACUUCGUGCACGCGCUCGCCAACGGCUCCGGUGUGGACGUAUCGACCGUGGAACACCGCAUCGUGGUAAUCUGGAGACGAGAAGCGACCAGAGUCCAGUAUGAAUGGCUGAACGAGACCUGGCCCACUUGCAGCUCUUGCACAGAGCUAGGGGAGGAGGGGGGUGAUGUACGGUACCAUGAGAGGCUCAACGAGACGAAGAGAGCACUGGAGCAGCUUGUGAAGAGGCUGCUCAAACCGACAGAGGUUGUGGCUUAUGAGACUCGAGUUAAGGAGUUGGUGGACGAGGCUGUGAAGGGCCCGCUGUGGCGCGCCGUGUGGCGACUGUGCGAGUGGGUGGAGCGCGCGCUGGCGGCCCUGCGGACACAGCACGCGCUCUCCGCGCUCUCCGUGCUCGCCACCGUGGCGCUGGUGCUGGCCGCCGGCUACUUCAUGGCCUACCUCAUACGUGUGGAAGAAGAAUCAGUGCAACGUCAGAAAGAGGAAAGACGGCGACAAAACGGUACCAAAAGGAACAAUAAUGAGCAGCAAUCAGAAAUGAGACUUCAUGAACUACGAGCUGAAAAAUAUAACGGAUUAGUUAGGCUACUUAAGCCCGGUUGUCGAACUAUCGUCCUCUUGGUUGACACGCAGAGUCGCGAGCAGUUGCUGUCAAAGUUUCACAAGAUUGUGUGGCCUUAUCGAAAGAACAAGACGCUGGUGUUCGCGUACCUGUGCGUGGAGCGCAACGUGGAGUGGUUCCGGCGCGUGCUGCAGCUGUCGCUGGGCGGCGGCGAGCUGCGCGUGAACGCGCGCAACUGCGUGGGCACGGUGCUGGCGCUCAACCCGCACCGCAAGUACUUCUGCAUCUACCACGCCAAGCACCCCGAGUGCGCCAAGCCGCACAAGCGUAUGAGUCGUAUGACGGUGUCUUUGGGAGGCCGAGCCGAAGACCCCGAGGCGGGUGCUUUCAUCGGCUUCACCACCGACCCCGACUCCUCGGAUGACGAGCGCUACGACCCCCCACUACUGUUGCAAGAGAACCUUUUGGACGGUUUAGAGAAUUGGUUAGAUCGACUGUUCGAAGGCAGUACCCACCGAUACUACGUGAACUACUGGCCGGACAUGACAACCAAGUGAAUAUGUACACUAGAACACCUCGUUUAACUCCGAGGCCGGCUUUAUGUUUUGUUGGAACCCUGUUGGACGUUACGUUUUAACGGAGGUACGUUCAGCGUUUUCUAUCUGUAAGCGAAAUAUACUGCCCAGAUUAUUAUAAGAUUUCUUCGACCACUUAUAGGAUAUGGCGUUUUGACGUUCAUUCGUAUAUUAGUCUUAAUAUUAUUAUGUAUAGUAUUUAUUUAAAAUUAAAUUGUUGUUACUAAA